AUGGGCACGACUGGUUUCUCAUAUACAACUAGUUGGGGCGAAAGUGAAGAGCGAUCUGAAACUAUUGAGAUUGGAACCAAAAGUGGUGUUGAAACGGAACUGCUGCCUGGGCAGGCGGCGACCGCGGUACUGUCAGUAAAUAAGGGUGCUUUAGAGGUAGAAGUCGUGUACUUGGCAAAAUUAAGAGGGAACGUAGCUGUGAACUUUAAAAUUCCUUAUAAGGGUCACCAUUUCUGGGGUCCAUCGAUAGAUAGUGUGGUGGAUCAGAAAAUGAAGUGA